AUGCCGAUCAAAGGAGCGAAAUUCGUAAGUUUCUGCGCAAAAUUUGUAUAAAAUUUUGGUUCUCUAGGAUAAACAGAGAAUUGGUUUUUUAAUUGAAAUGGUUUUUAGAAUGCUAUGUAUCUUUUUUUACCAAGAUUUUUCAAUUUUUCCUCAUUUUUUGAUGAUUUUUUAUAAAAAUUUGGAUUUUUUCGAAAAAUUUCAAAAUUUUCUUCGCCAAAAAGACUGGCCAUGAACUCUAGUUUCCCUGUAAUGUAUAAAUACUUCAUUAUUUUUUAUUUACUGACCAUAAAAUUAAGAUUUUUAAAAAUUUUUUGCCGUUUUAUUGGCAAUUUUCAAAAAAUCUUGUGAUUUGAUGCUAAAAUAUGGUCGCUAUGGUCUGAAAUUUUUGUCAAAUUAUUUGAACUGCCCUAGGGAUCUAUUUCAAACCGUAUUUUUCAAUUUUAAAUUUUUGAAUUUCCAAAAAAUCCCAAAGAUUUGUCAUUUUUCGGCAAAAAUUGAUGAUUUUUGAUAAAAACAAGCAAAAAAAUAGAAAACAAAGCUGAAUGUGGCCAAAAAUAGGGCCACAUUGUAUUUAUUUUCUAUUCCAAUCAGGUCUACCUUUAUUUGAGAUUACAUUUUUUUUAAUUUAAACGUUUUUUUUCAGAUCGUUUUAUCCGUUGUGGUGACCAUUUUCAUCGCAAUUUGCACCACCGUGGCCAACCAACUGGCCAAGACAGCGUUAAGCGAGGACCCUGAAAACUUCUCAGCACCCUUUUUCUUGGCCUACUUUGGGACUUUGAUGAUGAUUCCGCUCUAUCCGGCAUAUUUAUUAAUUAAAGUCAUCUUUUCAAAGGAAUCGGUCGCCAAAAUCAACGAAAACGCGUUAAAAGUGGUGGAAAAUAAAGAUGUAGGUCGAUAAAAGGAGUUAUUUUGACGUUAUCUAUGAUAUGAAUUCGUAUGAGUUCGAUUUUAAGUGUUUUCUAACCUAAAAUACGAUGAUUUUUCAAAGCUGUCACAAGUGUGAUGACUUUGCAAUUUAGGCCAUAACUAAGUCAUCGAUGAUACUAUAAUCGCAAUUUUUUGUAAGAACAAGGAAUGAGUACUUAGGAGGCUAACAUCGUUGGAAAAAUUCAAUUUCAUGACAUAGCUGCCAUUUUAUACGAUAAAAAAAUUUUCGGAUGCAAAAUGUAGACGGAAAAUUGAAACGUCGGUUUUGCAAAAAUAAAAUGCCUCUGGCAAGAAACAAAUAUGCCAUCUUAUUUUACUCACAAUAGGCUGUCAAAAUAUAUAUUACACUUGAUAUCUUCUUGUCCAUGACUUAUCAAAUCCUUUGAUUUAAAAAUGUUUGUCAUCCUCUCAAGGAAAUUUCAAAUUUUUCGUAUUUUAGGGUAAAUUAUAUCCCGAACUGACCCUGCUCCUUGGCUCUGCGAUCUCUGUGGCCUUAUGGACAGGCCCACCGUUUCUCUUCGGCAUCUCCGUCCAGUAUAUUUCGGUUUCGGCCGCCACGGCAAUCGGAAGUUUGAGUGCGGCCAUGGUGUUCGUCUUUAGUAUUUUAUGGCUGGAUGCUCAAUUCUGCUUCUUUAAGGUGUGUUCUCAAAAUUCGUAUGAAUUUAAUUGUCGGUUUCACAUGUUUUGUCAUCCAUCUGAUGUCUAGUAUAAUAUAAUUUUCUGUUUUAAAAUACAGUUUUUAUUCUAAAACUUCUCUUUCAGGCCGGUGGAAUCGUCGUGAGCAUCGUUGGAGUUGUGAUUUUAUCCAUGGACGGGCAAUUUACUGGCAGCGUUUUCGGAGUUUGCCUGAUCUUAAUAUGGGCUCUACUGACUGCUAUUUAUACAGUAAGAAUCAUAAAUUUUGUCACUUUCGUGGUAUAUUUAGCACGAGUAGGAUAUUAUAAAGACUUUCGCACGAUUUUCCCGGAAAAAAUCCGUUGAUUAGGGCAAAAGCGACAUGUUAUACGAUGAAACAUGGUUUUGAACCCGUAUUUUAUACUUUGAAAAGUCAUUUUUUUAGGAAUAUACGUUUCUAGCAACCAUAAAACUUUUUUACCGUCAAUAUCCUACGUUAUAACGAAAAGUGACAUUUUAUACGAUGAAACAUGUUUUUAAACUCGUAUUUUAGAAUUAGAAAAGUCAUUUUUUUUUGAGGAAUAUACGCUUCUAGGCAACCAUAAAACUUUUUUACCGUCAAUAUCCUACGUUAUAGCAAAAAGUGACAUUUUAUACGAUAAAACCUGUUUUGAUGACCCAAUUUUCGUUGCAGACAGCCUUCAAAAAGGCUUUCGGAGAUCUCUCGCUGGGUCAGGUUCUAUUCUAUCAAACUCUUUUGGGCCUAUCCAACUUCAUAUGGAACACAAUCCCAAUGUUUUUUAUGGGAUAUCUGGAUUAUGAUCGAAUCAAUUGGAGUUCUGUUCCAUGGUUGCCUGUCCUCGGCAACGCUCUUGCCGGUUGUGGUAAGAGCUCAGGGGACAUUCACACUCGUUUUUCAGCCUUCAGUGUGGGGGCCAACUUUGGAAUUGCCCUUCUGAAUCCGCUCGUUGUCUCCAUCGCUUUUCUCGUUGGGAUCCCAAUGAAUGCAGGUAAAAUCCACACUUUUUUCAGUCUUCAAAUGUCCAUAAAAUCCAUCGUAAUCAAUUCUACAUCCAAUUUUUUAGCUGUCGACAUUAUUUUCCGCGGACUGCCUGCGGGCAUAAAGGCCUAUAUCGGCGGGUUUUUCAUUUUGGGCGGGUUCUGUUUAACCAGCCUCCCUUUCGACGAAUGGUCCAAGAAAUUCAUCUCCAAAUACCGUAACCCCAACCCAUAA